GGCCGUCACCGAUUCGUGCACCCGCUGUCGAUUUCUCGUACGAGUUUUCACUCAAUUUCGUUCCAGUCGCUUAUCAUAGUGAUCGUGUGUUCGUUAUCACAGCGCAGUCGUACUGUUUUUGCAUGAAAAUUUUUUUUCAUUUUUCGGUCGUUAAAAUUACGAAGAAAUUGUUAAGUAAAUUUUUGUGUGUAUCGUGUUUAUUUAUAUAAUAAUUUUCGGGGACUGCCUUUGAAUUUACAAUUUUUUUAUUUAAGUGAUCGCAUUAAAAUUUCGACGGACAUUAUACGAGAAUAAAUUUUGAUGUUUGAAGGUGGCACUCGCCUCGUGUCCAAAAUACCUAUUCUGUGGCGAAUGAACAUCGUGAAGACGAAAAAUUUCGUCAUUGCCGUGGCUCUGCGCUUGUACAAGGUUUUCGCUUGCAAAAUGGGUGUAAACGGCACCGCUGAUAAACAGGGUCUUGCCCAGUGUAACGAUAUGUUCGAAAUGGCAGCAAGACUCUGCCGGGGUUAUUUGCCUGGCUCAUGGAAAAAGGUGACAGUCAAGGACAUAGCUGUAAAAAGGAUCAGUGGUGGAUUGAGUAACUGGCUAUAUCGAAUUACAUUGUUAAAGGGUAAUUCUGAACCGCGUGACGUAUUAAUGAGGCUGUAUGGCCAAACACACGGGGAAAGUGCGAUUGAAAAUAUUAUCACUGAAUCAGUAAUAUUCACAUUACUGUCAGAACGCGGUUUAGGACCUAGACUACAUGGAAUAUUUCCUGGAGGUCGUCUAGAAGAAUACAUACCGGCUCGGUCUUUGAAAUCUGAUGAAUUAAGCGAUCAAAAAUUGAGCCUUAUGAUUGCAGAAAAAAUGGCUGACUUACAUCAAUUAAACAUUCCAAUAAAUAAAGACUCAACAUGGCUGUGGGACACUAUGGAUAGGUGGCUUCAGCAACCAAUUUCAGAUUGUAAUUUGUCAAGAGACAAUAUUGAGUUAGAUCAAAUUUUAUCUAUUAAUUUAUCAGAUGAAACACGUUGGUUAAAAAAACACUUGACAAAAUUGAGGUCACCUGUUGUGUUUUGUCAUAAUGAUUUACAAGAAGGUAAUGUCUUACUGAAGGAAAAAGAGCUAACUGGCAGUCGAUCUUUAUGUCUUAUUGAUUAUGAAUAUUGUGCAUACAAUUAUCGUGGUUUUGAUAUUGCUAAUCAUUUUAUUGAAUGGAUAUAUGACUACACAAACCCAAAGUAUCCUCAUUACACUGUUAAACGUGAUCUAUUUCCAACAAAAGAUCAACAAGUUGAGUUUCUGAAACGGUAUUUACAAUGUAUGGGAAGUGAUGAACCAAUAGAAGUUAUUUUAAAUGAAGUACGCCACUUCACUUUAGCGUCACAUUUGUUUUGGGGAAUUUGGAGUAUAGUAAAUAGUAGAACUUCAAAAAUAACAUUUGGCUAUAGGGAGUAUGCUGUUGAACGAUUAAAAACAUACUUCAAACUUAAAGAAAAUUUAAAAAAUACCAUUUAAGAAUGAACUACUUGUGAGUACUUAAAACAAAGAUUGAGUCAACUGCAGACCAAUGUGCUUUAAUGUUCUAAUGAAGACUGAUGCAAUAUGUUAAUUAUUUGGUCCUCAUUUUUAUUAGUCUGAUUAAAUUAUUGUCUGGUUGCACUUUGUGUUGAUGUAAAAGUGCCUUUAAUUAUGUGUUUUGAAUGUAAGAAAAAUGUUCAUUUAAAUCUUUUUAAUACUUUUUAUACUUUUUUCACUUUAUAAUGAAAUAAUUUUCUCUUAUCAAAAAUUAAUAAUAAUAAAUUUUACAUUCUUGACAAACA